UAAAAUUAAAACAAAAAUAUAAAAAUAUACUCUAAUAUUAUAAGAAAAGAAACAAUUAGCUUUUUAAUCACUAAUAAAAAAAGCAACAAUAUUUAAAAUUUAUUGAGAAGAGUUAUUUUAUUGUGACUUUUCUCCCUAAAAUUUGUAAAAAAAUAAGUUGUGGGUAAAAAAGACUCUUAUUUUGUAUCUUGAAAUGAGGCUUUUACUCUGGAGGGGCUUCAUUAAAAGUAAAGAUUGCAGGUUUACGGCUGUAAUCUUGGACACAUCUGCAGUUCUCUCGAUGAACUCCAUCAGAUGAUUCGCUCACGCGCAGCACUCCGGUUAUGAAUGGGUGCUUCCCUGCAGGCCCCGCCUCUUCCGUUCCCACGGCCGGACCAAUCAGCGGCGCCGCUGCGCGUCGGUGGGACGUAACGUCAGCUGCCGUCGUGUCGGGAUUGGAAUGUUAGCGACCAACUAUCGGAACAACUGAGCAGUCGGUAAUUGGACACUCGGACCGAGGAUUCCGGUCUUUCCCGACCUUUUUUUGGGCUUUUUGGGCUCCGCGCUCGGACGGCGGGAGAAGUUCACGCGCCGCGCGGCUCUCCGUGGACGCGCUUUGAUUUUUUCUUUCUUCUUCUUCCAUCCGAGGAUAUGAGGUGAUACAUGAGCGGAGAAAUGCAGGGAUUCGUCCGGUUACUGAGGCGCUGAGUUGCCCCCCGACCUCCGGUGUUCGGGUUCCGUUCUUACCGGAUUAUGAGGCAGUGACGGAGCGGAUUGAGCCACCGAACAUCCGAACCCCCCCUUUUGUCCCCGCUGGACAGUUUCUGCCCCGAACAGCCCGCCCGGAUGAGGGGGGGCGGCAGGAGUCCCGGCGCGUCCGGGCAGCGCGGAUCCCUGUAGGCGCGCCGCGUCCGGCGCUCCGCCAUGCGCUGAAAGUCCACCGCCGCGCGCGCGGGACCGGCUCUCCACUUCCAAAAACAGUCGCCCACAUGCACCGGAUCAACCGCUGGACUCGGGAACCGAAUACGCCGCAGGGGGGCCGGGGAUGGCUCGGGGAGCCUAACUUGGGGCCACUUUCCGUUUCUUCUUCGACUCGCCUCCGUUCCCGGGACACAUGCAGGCCAAGAAGCGCUACCUGAUCGUGCUGUCCGCCGGCGCGUGCCUCGCGCUGCUCGUCUACCUGGGGGCGGCGCGGCUCCCGGCGGCGGGCAGGAGCCGGCACGACCGCAGCCGGCGCUCCCAGCAGCCCUGGCCCCACUACUCCGACCCGUUACACCGCUUCCAGCCGCGGGAGCAGGCGGACACGGAGGAGUUCAACCUGCACACGUCCCCGCGGCAGAAGAAGGAGCUGAGCACGAGCGCGUACCGGGGGAGGCGCUGCCGCAUGGACUCCUGCUUCGACUUCUCCGCGUGCCACCGGAACGGCUUCAAAGUUUACGUGUACCCGCAGCAGAAGGGCGAGAAGAUCUCCGAGAGUUACCAGAACAUCCUGUCCAGCAUCGAGGGCUCCCGGUUCUACACCGCGGACCCGGGACAGGCCUGCCUGUUCGUGCUCAGCCUGGACACCCUGGACCGGGACCAGCUCUCCCCCCAGUACGUCCACAACCUGAAGACCAAGGUCCAGAACCUGCCCCUGUGGAACGACGGCCGGAACCACCUCAUCUUCAACCUGUACUCGGGGACGUGGCCGGACUACACGGAGGAUCUGGGCUUCGACAUCGGCCAGGCCAUGCUGGCCAAAGCCAGCAUCAGCACCGACAACUUCCGGCCCAACUUCGACGUGUCCAUCCCGCUGUUCUCCAAGGAGCACCCGCGCACCGGGGGGGAGCGGGGCUUCCUCAAGUACAACUCCAUCCCGCCCUUCCGAAAGUACAUGCUGGUGUUCAAGGGGAAGCGCUACCUGACGGGCAUCGGCUCGGACACGCGGAAUGCCUUAUAUCACGUGCACAACGCGGAGGACGUGGUGCUGCUCACCACCUGCAAGCACGGCAAGGACUGGCAGAAGCACAAGGACGCGCGCUGUGACAAGGAUAACGCGGAAUAUGACAAGUACGACUACAAGGAGAUGCUUCACAAUUCCACUUUUUGCUUGGUGCCUCGCGGCAGGCGGCUUGGUUCCUUUCGCUUCCUGGAGGCUCUGCAGGCUGCCUGUGUGCCGGUGGUGCUGAGUAACGGCUGGGAGCUGCCCUUCUCCGAGAUCAUCGACUGGAACAGGGCCACGGUCAUCGGCGACGAGAGGCUCCUGCUGCAGAUCCCGACCACGGUGCGCUCCAUCCACCCGGAUAAGAUCCUGUCCCUCAGACAGCAGACUCAGUUCCUCUGGGAGGCGUACUUCUCCUCCGUGGAGAAGAUUGUGCUGACCACCCUGGAGAUCAUCCAGGACCGUGUUCUGGAGCACGGAUCCCGGAGCAGCCUGAUGUGGAACAGUCACCCCGGGGGGCUGUUUGCUUUGCCUCAGUACUCUGGAUACCAGGGAGACUUCCCCUUCUACUACGCCACUCUGGGUAUCAAACCUUACCCCAAGUUCACCGCCGUCAUCCACGCCGUCUCCCCUCUGGUGUCCCAGUCUCAGCCCAUUCUCAAGCUGCUGGUCGCCGUGGCCAAAUCCCAGUAUUGUGCGCAGAUUCUUGUCUUGUGGAACUGUGACAAACCUCUUCCUGCGAAGCACCGCUGGCCCGCCACCGCUGUGCCCGUCAUCGUCAUCGAGGGAGAGAACAAGGUGAUGAGCAGCCGCUUUGUGCCGUAUGAAACCAUCGUGACGGACGCCGUUCUGAGCCUGGAUGAAGACACUGUGCUGUCCACCACCGAGGUGGACUUCGCCUUCACCGUCUGGCAGAGUUUCCCCGAGCGAAUCGUGGGCUAUCCGGCCCGCAGCCACUUCUGGGACAGCAACAAGGAGCGCUGGGGCUACACGUCCAAAUGGACCAACGAUUACUCCAUGGUCCUGACCGGCGCCGCGUUCUUCCACAGGUAUUACCAUCAUCUGUACACCAGCUACUUACCCACCAGCCUGAAGAACAUGGUGGACCAGCUGGCCAACUGUGAGGACAUCCUGAUGAACUUCCUGGUUUCUGCUGUAACCAAGCUGCCGCCCAUCAAAGUCACGCAGAAGAAGCAGUACAAGGAGACCAUGAUGGGUCAGUCUUCGAGGGCGUCUCGGUGGGCCGAUCCCGACCACUUUGCCCAGCGGCAGACCUGCAUGAACAAGUUCGCCAGCUGGUUUGGCGGCAUGCCGCUCAUCCAUUCCCAGAUGAGACUGGAUCCCGUUCUGUUCAAGGACCAGGUUUCCAUCCUCCGCAAGAAAUACAGGGACAUCGAGAGGCUCUGACAGGACCGCCACCCCCCCGGGGGAGACCCCGCGCCGGGGGAGGCUCCAGACAGGGACUCGCUGGAGGCCAGACGGAGCAGUCGGACUCCAGCGGUUUGGACGGACGCCGCUCUGUCCUCCGCCCAGCGCUUUGCCAACGACCGGAGCGCCGCCGCCGCCGCCGCUGCUGCUGCCAGGACUUGAAGCAGAGGGGAGGAAACGAGCAGAUGGCGUUUGGAUAUGAAAAACACACAACUAUACGACGUGAUGAACAUGCCAAACAACUCUGUAUGUUUCACAAACACACUACUGAUGAGGAGAACUAUGGGAUAUAUCAUAUUUUUUGUACAAGCGAGACGGCGUUUCCUGCACUCUCUGCACAUGUGCAGGACGGUCAAAGAGGAGAAGGUGUUUGUGCUUGCAAACCUGGCAACCCAGCUUUCCUAAACCCCUCCCCCCAGCUUUAUAGAUUAUUUUUUUGUUUCCUCGUGAAUUCCAAAAAAUUUCAGCCGUUAAAAAAAAAGAAAAAAAAAGGCUGAAGUUUUCCUCAUUCCUUCCGCCCCUCCCCCUCAUAUUUGUCGCAGUUUUCUCAUCUUUUCACGUUUUUUUUUACAACUUUUCAAUCAUCGACCCCCCAGACUCACAGUUUUCCACCCCCUCUGGAGAAUGUUUCGCCCCUCCCCCACCCCUACCAUGGUGCUGCCCCACCCCCACCAGGUGGGGGUGGGGCAGCACCAUGGUAGGGGUGGGGGAGGGUCUGUAGCUCUUUUAUGUCGGAAUAUUCCCGUCAUCCGUCACUUCUUGCCAUCCCGACGGAUCUGAGGAGCCAUUAAGUUAAAAAAAAGUAUUUUCUCCUUAAUUUGUCAGGAAGAGUUCAACCUUUUUCAUUUAGAAAACAGUUUUUCCUCCCAGGAGGUGAAACGCUGCACAUUAUUGUGCUUUAAAGUGACAAGAUUCAAAAGAAAGCAAGCUCCUCCCCCCAUCACUACCUCAAUAAAGAUGGCCGACAUCACAUAUCAUUUGCAGACUGAUCGUUUGAACGCGGCGCCCGUCCCGUCAGCCAAUGUUUGUGAUCCACAAAAAUUAAAUUUGCAUUAGGGGCUUUUGUGCCCCCCUCAA